GGCAUCGGCCAUGCAGACGGUGGCCAGAGAAGGCAAGCUGAGUCCAGCAGGCCGGGUGGCCUUCCUCUCCAGGACAGAAACCAUCGCAGCAGCUCACAGGCUGAACAGCAAAUCCCUGAGUGAUGCAGAAAACAAGAAGCUUUUUGGGAAAUGCAACCAGAGUCAUGGGCACAACUACACAGUGACGGUGACGGUCCGUGGGGAGAUCAACCCCAUCAGCGGCAUGUUCAUGAACAUUUACACGCUUCAAGAGCACAUGCAGGAGGCGAUCAUGAAACCGCUCGACCACAAGAACCUAGAUCAGGAUGUGGCCUAUUUUGCUGAUGUGGUGAGCACAACGGAGAACCUUGCUGUGUAUAUCUGGGAAAGCCUCCAGAAGUGCCUGCCAGCUGGGCGUCUAUACAAAGUCAAAGUCUAUGAAUCUGACAAAAACUUUAUUGUCUACAAGGGAGGAUAGGAGUCUUAAGGGAUAUGAAGACGCUUCCUGAAGCCUAAUUCUCUUGAAGCCUAAAGCAGUUUCCUGACGCAUUGUGUUGACAGUGAGCAUGGAUCAGAUAUUGCGUGCAAUUCUUCCCUUAGCAGGCCAUUUGUUUAUAAUUAAGAGCUGAUUCCUCAAAGUCCUUAACAUAAGCUAUAAAGCAGCUUUAACAGUGUUCCCAACAGGUUAGGUGCUUGUAAUUCAUAAACUUUUAUGGCUAGUGUAAUAACCUGUGAUCAUUUUUGCAAAUAAAACCUAAUGGAGCAUCAUGUGUUACACAAAUCACAACAACAGCCUCCGUGUCCUUGGCUCCAGACUUGACUUUCCCACCGGUAUGUCUUGAUCAAGGUAAAUCAGGAAGAGGGGGAAUUGUGAAGGUCACUUGGCAAAAAAAUUCUACGGGGCAGAAGUUUUAACGAGCGGCAAUCAAUCCACGCGAAUGGCUGAUUUUAUUUAUUGUUGUCAUUGCUGUGACCCUGACACAUCAUGGCUGCACAACAUGCUGUGCCUUUUGCCCUGGGCCUGCUAUUACCUGUCCUUUUCCAAUCUGUGGCAAUAACCCCAUGGCUUGCUCCUUCUUGACCUUUACAAUAGCUCAGCAGGCCUGGGUGGAGCUUGCUGCAGGGAUGAAGCAUACUGGAAAGAGCUGAAGAGCUGCAGGUCAGGAUUAAGGCCCAUUAGUAGAUCUAAGUCAGGGCAAUUUUGGCCUUGACUUUGGCCAGCCAGGCCUAAAACACACACUCCUAUAUUCAAAUCGCUGAUGUGAUUUUCAGAUCAUUCCCUUCCCCAGAUUGUAUACCUAAACAGACCCAGAAAUGGAUCCUGGUGACAUAUUGUAUAUGCUCAGGGUGGCCAGUGCUUUGUUACACCCCCUCCUCCCCACCCAAAUGAGUGGAUCAUAGUAGCAUGGAAGGUGUGAUGGUUCAGGGUAUGAGAAGCAAGAUCUGUGGGGUGAGGCAGUUUCAUUGACUGAACCAAGCUUCAUAACUGGAAGAGAUAAGAGAUGAGCUUUGAUAGUGUCUAGGGUUUUUUUACACCAGCUGCUGUUUUAGCUUGCUGAUCCUUUUUUUUUUUUUUUUUUAGGAAAAAUUGUCAUGUUCCCAGCCAAAUCAACUCCAAAUCCAUGAGUCGGUCAAAAACCAUAAGUGGCCCUACUACCAGCAAACAUCCUUCCCCAACACCCGGGGCUUCAGAUGUU